ACCGCUACUGUUCCUGUAGCUGUUCCACAACGGUUUCAACUCCAUCUGUCUUGUCAAUCUCUUAUCACUGUUGGGAGGUUAUCGUUGAAGUUACUGGUUUAUUUCAUGUUUUGAAAAGUAAAAUUUUCUGUUAUUAGUUGUAUGAGCAUUAAAAAAUGACUAAGACCAAAAUAGUAUUAUUAGCUUGUGGCUCAUUUAAUCCACCUACCCAUAUGCACUUAAGGAUGUUUGAAUUGGCAAGAGAUCACAUAAACAGAUUGGGUCCAUAUCAGGUGAUAGGCGGAAUUAUUUCACCCGUUCACGAUGGUUAUAACAAGAAAGAAUUGAUAGCAUCUACUCAUCGAUGUACAUUAGUAAAACUUGCUUUGCAAGACUCAGAAUGGAUUCACUUAAGUGAUUGGGAAUGCAACCAAGAAAGCUGGACACCUACCAGACAAACACUCCAGUAUCAUCAAAAUAAAAUCAAUUCAGCUCUCAGCACAGACAACAACAUGGAUAAUAAUAAAAUCAAUGAUAAUGAUGAACCAUCUUGGGUGAGAAAUAUUCAAAGAUUUCAGACUAAUGGAGUGAAUGUUUUGGUGAAACUUCUAUGCGGGGCUGACUUAUUGCAAUCUUUCAGCACUCCUGGAUUGUGGAAGGAAUCUGAUAUUGAGACGAUUAUUGGUGACCAUGGCUUGGCAGUUAUUACUAGAGCUGGGACAGACCCACACAAAUUUGUUUAUGAAUCUGAUGUUCUGACAAAAUUCAGUAAUAAUAUUCAUAUUAUAACUGAAUGGAUCACUAAUGAAGUCAGUUCUACUAAGAUUCGGAGGUCUUUGAGGAGAGGAGAGAGCGUAAAGUACUUAGUCGCAGACACUGUCAUUGAUUAUAUAAAGAAUCAUUGUCUUUAUGGAUCUCUUGAUAAGUAAUGAUGCGUGCAUGCCUUCAGUGAAGCGAAUUAUGAUGUAUGUUGGCUGUAACAAACAGCUCCCGGCAUUCGUUUAGUGCGAAUGUUCAUCUAUUUCUCCUCUUCUAUCUUCUGCAUCUCCGCAUGCUUUAACAAUAGCUAUUACUUGUAGGGAUGUCAUUUUACAUCCAGAGUGCGAAUAGAUAUUUUCUUCAUAAUUAGAAAACGUGCAUUAUAUGUUAAUUGUGUGCAUUCCAGAUAGGAUUAGGAGCAUGCCUCUGUCGUAGGAAACAGUAAUGUCAAUUUUGGCAAAAAAAGAGAAUUCUAGUCAAUCGUAUACAGUUGCAGUUAUUUUUGUUUUAUUUUACCAUUUAUAUAAAAAAAAAAAAUGUAUUGAUCUAUUGUACUUAAGGAAGUGAACACUUCUUUUCCUUUCAUUUUUUAAUUUUUCUUUAGCAUGUUGGCAUGGCUGCAUAAAUAUUGGAAAUAUUUUAUUUAUAAUAUGGUGAAAAGGUAUUACUAAUCUGUGAUGUUUUUUACGUGUUUAAAAUGUUUACUGUAUAAAAUUGGGCGAGUGCCACUCCAUAGUGUUUAUUAACUAUGUCAGUUUUUGUUGAUAUUUUAUAAUCAUUGUCCUCUUUCUAAUUUUGUUUUAUGUAAUAUAGAAAAAUAAAUAUAUAUUUAUCUAGGAAUUAUUAAUUUAUGUAAAUCCUUUUUAUUCACAAGGUUAUAUUUAGUUCUUCAAGUCAUUAAAAAAAAC